GUGAUUACGGCUGUCAUCAUGAAGAAAGUCCGGCGACAAUCAGACUUAGAUCGGGCGUCUCCCAAGCUGCCAUUCAUCAAUGCAGCUGAAGGUCGACUUCAUCAGAAAAAACAAACUCAAAUGCAGCAGAAACAAACCAUUGAGACAUUUCUGUUGAAUGCUCGACGUGCGUUACUCGAGGGUAAGUUUGAUGCUGCGUAUGCCACUGGCACUGAGCUGUUGCGGACAGCAGUUGAGAUACACGGAAUGAAUAGCACAGAACUCAUACCAUCCUAUCUCAUUCUGGGAGCAGCUUGUAUGGGUUUGUCUCGUAUUCCUCAGGCUGAAAAAUAUUUGAGUCAGGCUCAGUGGCUUUUGUUGAAGAAUCCAUCGUGUGACAACAGUGUCAAGUGUCGUGUUUUCCGGCAGUUGGGAUUGCUGUAUACAGCUCAAAGAAAAUUUGAGAAAGCAAGACACUCACUUGCUGAAGAUAUCUAUCACUCAUCUAUGACAUACGGUUGCUCCAGUGUUGACGUUGCCGCCGGGUAUUACCACCUGGGAAACGUAUUUUUUCAAGAAGAUCGCGCAGAAGUUGGAAACUCUCUUCAUGACCAUGUCCUCAAGGUGUGGAAGGAGUUUUUUCAAGCAUCUCGUUCUACUAGUUCUAGUCCUGGGACGAAGCCCACAAAGGCAGUUGUUUCACAAUCUUCAAGUCAGACGUCGAUUGCUCAGAGCAUGGUUACAUUAGCUACUGAUGAUUACUCUCUCAAUGUUGUUGAACAAAUUGAGGCGAUCCAAAUGCUGCAAACAAUACGAAUGUCAAGAGAGAAGCAAACAAGUACAGGAUUAUCACCACUCAUCUUGAUUGAUGUUUAUUACACGUUAUGUCUUCUCUAUGAGUUUCUUGGAAAUCAGUCACUGGUGAUUGAGUAUGGUGAAAAGGCACGUCAACUGAACAAUUCCCAAGAGGUUCCAGAUCAGCAAGUCACAGAAAAUCUCACUUUACUACUCAACUCAGUUUCCUGACAGUACAUGUACUAUAUGAUUGAAUAACCAUUUU